UGGUCCUUGUGGUGGGUUCCGAACGCCGGAGGAAGUUGCGCUGUGGAGUUGUGGCGUCAAGUGAGGACGGGGAGAGUGCUAGGGAUGCUCUUGGAGGUAUCCACGUCUUGAAAGGGCCUGGAACCCCGGAGAGAGGACAUGUUCCAGACUCCUUCAGUGAAGUAUGAGUGGGAGAGAAAGAAAACAUAGACCAAUGCGACAUGUGCGACUUGUUCAGCUGACCAGGCCUGAUGAGCCCAGUGUGCCAAAGCCUCAACAAGAAGAAACACCAGCUGAAAGUCGGGAUCGUACACCUGGUCAGAAGAGAGAAGUUCAGGGUGGACCUAAGAUUCGAAGAACUGGGAAGGUGCCUGGCCUGAAAGCUGAUCUCCAGGAGCUGUCUCAGUCAAAGACUGGGGGUGAAUGCGGAGAAGGUCCUGAUGUCCAGGGGAAGAUUCUGCCAAAAUCAGAGGAACUUAAAAUGCCAGAAGGAGCGGAAGGGAAACCUCAGGUUUAAACGAAGACGAGCUGAAAGAAUGCAAACUGAAUUUCUCUGAGAUGUUUGACUUUUAAAAAUCUCAGUAAAGUUUUCCAGUUUUCUCCAAAGAAGCGUUGCACAUGUUUUGUUCAUUUAUUCUCACGUAAUAGACACUAUUGAAAAUUUUGGCCUCGUGCAGUUGCUCACACCUAUAAUCCAACACGUGGGGAUGCUGAGGCAGGAAGAUUGCUUGAGCUUGGGAGAUUGAGACGUGCCUGGGCAACGUGGCAAAAACGCCUUCUCUACAAAAAUAAAUGAAUGCAUGCAUGAAUGUAUACAUGUAUGUGUGUAGAUGUGUGUAGGUGCAGUCCCAGCUACUCUGGAAGCUGAGGUGGGAGGAUCCCUUGAGCCUAGGAGUUCGAGGAUGA